AUGUCCUCUUCUACGGCUGACAAGGAACACUACAACCUUACUUUGGAGGAUAUGGAUCCUGCUGUCAUCCAGAGCGACUUUUGUCAAACACAAGCUCCCAAAUCCUUGCACAUUACCUGUUAUGGCAGCUCGAGCAACCUAACACCAACGUCAUAUAUUCAAGAAGCACGUUCGCUGGGAUAUACGUUAGCGAAGAGAGGUCACGUAUGCAUCAAUGGUGCUGGACCUCAUGGUUGCAUGGCGGCUAUGAACGAUGGUGCUGUCUUGGGAAAUGGACAUAUUGUUGGAAUCAUUCAUGAAAUGUUUUUGGUGGACAGUGGUUACUUUUUGGGCCCUAACGAAAAGGCAAACUUUGAUGACAUUGGAACCCACAAGGCUUUUCAGUCGAAAAAUAAAGAAACUGGCUUGAUUCGGGAAAUUAUCGUGGCAGGUGGAGAUGAUUUGCAAGAACGCAAGAAAUUGUUGGUGGAAAAUGCGGAUGCAUUGGUCGUGUUGCCAGGAGGACCAGGAACUUGGGAUGAAUUAUGGGAAAUGGCCUGUGCCCGUCACUUGGGUUUGGUCGAUUUGCCAAUUGUGUGCAUCAAUGUCGACAAUUAUUAUGAGCCCUUUCAGAAAAUGUUGGACCGGGCUCACAAAGACAAGUUGAUCAAACUGCCGCCAGCCCAAAUUGUUCAUUUUGCGGCCAAUGUAAAGGAAGCUGUGGAAUGGUGCGAAGCAGAGGCGGCCAAGAAUGCAGCCAAGAGGGCAUCUCACAACCCAAAGGUGUUGCCCCGACGAUCAUCGGAAUGGAGAAAAUCGUCCUUUUUUUCAUCUCCAGUUGGUGCAAGAAGGAAGGGCGCCAUUGGGAUGGACUUGAUGCAGAGUGGAUUGUUCGUUCUAGGUGGAAUGGCGCUGGGCAUUGGAAUUGGCAUGUCGCUAGCGAAGGCAUGA